AUUCUACCGAAAUAAUUAUAAUCAGUAAUAGAAAACGAGUGAUUUGCUAAAAGUAUAAGCUCGAUUAUAAAAAACUGCCCUAAAAAAAAGAUAUUUUUAUUCACUUUGGUUUACCCCUUACAAAUAAUUCAUAUUCAAGAGGGUAUCGCUUAUAUCAUAACAUGUUUGUAGAACGCAUUUAAAUUGUUAUUAGCAGCGUUCGUUUUUGUGAGGUUAAGUUUUUAAAAAUUAAAAUUCUACAAUUCGCAAUUCUACAAAAAAUAUGGCAUCUUCGGGAGAAAAAAGAGAAAAGCAAUCGACAUUGCCAUCUUCAGAUCAAAAAGAAAAGAAACGAAAGGAAUCUAUUUUAGAUCUUUCCAAAUAUUUAGAAAAAACUAUUAGAGUUAAAUUCGCAGGAGGAAGAGAAGCUAGUGGUAUUCUAAAAGGAUACGAUCCACUUUUGAACCUCGUACUAGAUAAUACUUCCGAAUAUCUUAGAGAUCCUGAUGAUCCUUACAAACUUAUAGAAGAUACCAGACAAUUAGGACUUGUUGUUUGCAGGGGGACCAGCGUAGUUCUUAUUUGCCCCAUGGAUGGAAUGGAAUCAAUACAGAACCCAUUCAUUAGUCAAGAUUAAUUUUUUAAGAAAUCUCAAGGAUAAUUUGGUAUAACAAGAAUUUAUGUUUAGUUUUUAUUUGGUAUGUAUAAGAAUAUUCCGAAUAACGAGGUGUUUAAUAAAUUACUUUUUUAAAAAUUA